AGCUGUGGUGUAUGUAACGGCUGUUUGUGUUUCAGAGAACACAACAAGACAAGGUGUCUAACCCAACCACGUCUAUUGUGUUGGUUCUAUAGAUUACUGGACACUGAUUUGUAGGCCUAGGUUACGUUGUGUUAUUAAGUACAUAACGGGCUCUAUAAUUUAAAUGCCCGUACUCAAACUUACGCAGUCGGCGCAAUGCAACUCUUUGGAUUUCCGCAGCGUUUUCUGGUAAUGUAUUGUGUGUGGAAAAGCGUGGUUGCGGGUCCGGACGCAGGUUUGAAGACAUGGGAGAGGUUCAGUAAACUGGACUAUCCCGGCGACAAAGCGUUCCUCUACGACAUAUUUCCCCGUAACUUCAUGUGGGCUGUUGGAACGGCCGCUUACCAGGUGGAGGGCGCCUUUCAAAAGGAUGGGAAGGGAUUGUCGGUUUGGGACACGUUUACGCGCGGCGGAAACAGGAUAGCCACGGGAGACGUUGGCAGCGACAGCUAUCACAACAUCCAAGCCGACAUACGCGCGCUCAAACAGCUCGGGGUCAGCCAUUACCGUUUUUCGCUCUCGUGGUCAAGGAUAUUUCCUAACGGCAGCCGCGGGAGCUACAACGAGAUUGGUACCAACUAUUACCGGACGCUGAUUCGAAAACUGAAGGAAAUCAACGUGCAACCGGUGGUCACGAUCUAUCACUGGGACCUACCGGAUCAUCUACAGAAAAAAUUCGGUGGGUGGGGCAACCCGGCACUCAUAGAGCUUUUCCGUGAUUACGCCGAUUUCUGUUUCCAAACUUUCGGUAAUGACGUUAAGUAUUGGAUUACCAUUGACAACCCGUUUGUGGUCGCGUGGAACGGGUACGGUACUGGGAAGGUAGCUCCCGGGAUAAAGAAUGACACGGACCUUCCCUUCAAAGUGGGACACAACCUCCUCAAGGCUCAUGCGGUCGCCUGGCACCUGUACGACCGCCGCUACCGGCCCCGGCAGAAGGGGAAGGUAUCCAUGGCGCUGGCCUCCCAUUGGAUAAAGCCCAGCCGGACGCGGCGAGAGAGCCUGCGGGCAUGCCAGUGGUCUCUGGACUUUGUGCUGGGAUGGUUCGCACGGCCUCUCUUCACCGACGGAGACUACCCCCCCUCCAUGAAGCACCGCCUGUCCCACCGCCUGCCCUCCUUCACACGGGCAGAGAGGGAAGAGAUUCGGGGGACGGCGGACUUCUUUGCUCUGUCCCACGGUCCUUCCCUGAGCUACCAGCUGAUGGAUGACAGUCUGAAGUUUGGCCAGGUUGAGGUUCUGGACCUCAGGAUGCUUCUGUAUUGGAUCAGGGAGGAGUACGACAACCCGCCCAUCUACAUAGUGGAGAGUGGCUGGUUUGUCCAGGGAGAGAUAAAAACAGAGGACUCUAAGAACAUGUACUAUCUCAAGAGGUUCAUUAUGGAGACGCUGAAAUCGAUCAAGUAUGAUGGAGUGAAUGUGAUUGGCUACACCCACUGGUCUCUGCUGGACGGCUUUGAGUGGCACAGAGAGUACGACAUCCGCAGAGGAUUGUACUACGUGGACUUCAACACACACAACCUGAAGAGGAGGCCCAAGACCUCCGCCAACUUCUACAAGACUCUGAUCCAGAAGAACGGUUUCCCACAGCUGCCAGAGAACCGACCAGCUCAAGGGGUUUUCCCCUGUGACUUCGUCUGGGGUGUGUCUGCCAACUCCAUACAGGUGGAGACCACGCCCACCCAGCAGGUGGACCCCAGCGUGUACGUGUGGAACAUCUCAGGUAACGGAGAACUCAGGAGGCUGGAGGGCCAUCCGGCCCCGCCCCUCCGCCGGACGUCUCGCUGUGCUGACUACGCCUCCAUCCGCCAGCAGGUGGAGGAGAUCCGUCUGGUGGGAGUCAGUCACUUCCACUUCUCUCUGAACUGGUCGUCCCUGGUGCCCAGUGGGAACGUGAGCCAGACCAACACCACCCUACUGGGAUAUUACCGCUGCUUCACCAGUCAGCUGCAGCAGGCUAACAUCACAUCCAUGGUCACCUUGUGGCAUCACACCCGCCAACGCUCCAGCCUGCCAGCCCCCAUGGAAGCAGCCGGAGGGUGGCUCCACAGCGACACGGUGCUGGCGUUUGUGGAUUAUGCCAGGCUGUGCUACAGAGAGCUAGGAGCCCAUGUGAAGAUGUGGGUCACCUUGAACGAGCCCAACGAUGACCACGUGUCCUUCGCAGAGGGCCACCAGCUGCUUCGGGCACACGCCCUGGCAUGGAGAGCCUACGACCAGGAGUUCAGACACACACAGGGGGGCCAGGUUUCCUUGGUUCUGCAUAUGGACUGGGUGGAACCAGCGUUCUCCUUCAGCCGCAAGGACGUGGAACCGGCCAACAGGGUUCUAGACUGCCGUGUUGGCUGGUUCUCAGAACCCAUCUUUGGCAGCGGAGACUACCCCCCUCGCAUGAGGAACUGGUUCCACCAAUUAACUUCCGUGGACCUGUUCAGCUUCCAUCUGCCCCUGUUCAGUGAUGAGGACAGACAGCUAGUCAGGGGGACCUAUGACUUCUUUGCCCUCAGUCACUUCAGCACUCAGCUAGUGACCCCCACCAUUGAAGAAAACAAAUUGGCAUCCACGUUGGGGGUUCAGUACAUGGGAGACAUCACCUGGAUCAUGUCGCCUCGACCCAACGCCCCGGUGGUGCCCUGGGGGCUCAGGAAGGCCCUCAACUGGGUGGAGGAGCACUACAAGGGCGUGGCCAUCUAUGUGGUGGCCAAUGGGGUUCAAGAAGACCCAGCCCGAUUCAGUGAUAGUCUGAGAGUUUACUACCUGUACAACUACAUCAACGAAGCCCUCAAAGCCUACACCCUAGACGGGGUGAAUCUGAAGGGCUACUUCGCCUACUCCCUGAACGACCAGAGAGACCCGGGGUUCGGACUGUACAGUCUCAUCCAGGACGACGCCAUCGCCAAGGCCUCUCUGUCCCAGUACCGGAACAUCAUCCGGCACAACGGCUUCCCCCUCCAGGGGAGCGCAGCCCCAGCCCAGCAGUGCCCCAGCCAACCCAAGCCCUGUCCGGGAUGUCUGGUCCUGUCUAAGAGGCCUGUGAUGGGGUUCCUGUUUCUGGUGGGCUCUGCGGUCCUGGUCGCCCUGGGGAUCAUUGUAUACUACACUGCUAAGAGACACAAGUAGAUGGAGGCAGAGGACUGUGUUUCCUGCAUCUGGGAUGGACAGGUUUGAUGCAGACGGGGGACACAAAAACAUCCCAAUAAUCGUGAGAGGAUUCUGGCUUCUGGACUAUGUAGCCACAACUCUUCACCCUCCCUUCUUGAGGACAUGAUGCCAUUGGGCACAGAGAAGAUGUUGCAGUUAAACAAUUUUUGGAAUUCUACCUAUUUUGCUAUGGCGAAGAAAUCUUUGUAGUUUUUAAUUGUAUGAUAUCAAAGCAACUGUGACAAACUAAAUCAAAGGAGGUACCGUGAUUACUAGAUUUUUUGUUAAAAGGUUGCUAAAGCUAAACUAAUUCCCGCACAUUUGUAUUUGCUAACAUAGACUGAAUGAGUUAACUGCUUUUGCACAAUCACAUUUAUAAAUUGUAGACUGUAUUUUACUAAGUAGGUUUGGCAUGACCUUUUUAAUAUAAAGUUUAAUUUCUCUACACAGAACCUAAGGGUGCCUAUUUCACAUUCCUACCAUAUAUAUUGGAUUACGUCUUACCAUAACCCUGGUUUAAUGACCACAACCCCAAGGUCUCUGGUUUAAAGACCACAACACCAAGGUCUCUGGUCUUAAGACCACAACACCAAGGUCUCUGGUUUAAAGACCACAACCCCAAGGUCUCUGGUUUAAAGACCACAACACCAAGGUCUCUGGUCUAAAGACCACAACACCAAGGUCUCUGUUUUAAAGACCACAACCCCAAGGUCUCUGGUUUAAAGACCACAACCCCAAGGUCUCUGGUUUAAAGACCACAACCCCAAGGUCUCUGGUUUAAAGACCACAAAACCAAGGUCUCUGGUUUAAAGACCACAACCCCAAGGUCUCUGGUUUAAAGACCACAACCCUAAGGUCUCUGGUUUAAUUACCACAACCCCUUGGUCUCUGGUUAAAAGACCACAACCCCUUGGUCUCUGGUUUAAUGACCACAACCCCUUGGUCUCUGGUUUAAUGACCACAACCUCUAGGACUCUGGUUUAAAGUGACAACCACAACCCAUUGGUCUCUGGUUAAAAGACCUCAACCCCAAGGUCUCUGGUUUAAUGACCACAACCCCAAGGACUCUGGUUAUUAUUAAUAGUAGCCACCUGGAUGUCAGUAAUACAGUCCACUCAGUAGAAAUAGACACAUUAUUUUUAUUCUUCAUUGAGCUGUUGAAACCUUAUUAGAAUCUGUCAAGUCUGAAAAAAGCAAUUCCAAUUUCUCAAAUUUCAGAUGAGAAUUGAAUAAAUCUUUAUUCAUGAAGAUUAAAUACAUUUUGUUUUUUCUAUGGCCCCUGUAAAAGAUAAUAAAAAAAUAUACAUGCUAUUAUAUGUAAUAAUGUCUAUACUGAUUAGAAUGUUCUGUUUAUU